GUGAACUUCCCGGGCCAGGGAGUGCUUUGCAGGGGUGAGUAAGUGGAAUCUCUGUUUCACAGGUGGGGACAAUCCCGUCACUGCUGGGCUGAUGUCGGGACCAGGACUCACCUGCAUGCAAAGGUUUCUAAACCCCUGCUGCAGACGUGGUCUGAGAAGACUUUGGAACUGAGCAUUUUGCCCUGGACUGUGUUAGGAUUUUUGGUACUAUGUGGGCGAGCUGCUGUAACUGGUUCUGUGUGGAUGGCUCCCCCGAGGAGAUGCAGCCGCCGCCGGCAGCGCAAGCCCAGGCCUACUCCAACCCUGGCUACAGCUCCUUCCCCUCUCCCACUGCUUCUGAGCACAGCUGCAAAGCCUGUGGCAUGCACUUCGACAGCUCCUCCAGCAAGCACAUCUGCUUGGACUGUAAGAAGAACUUCUGCACGUCCUGCUCCAGCCAGCCCGAGGGUGGGCCCCUGCUCUGCCACCUCUGCCAGCGCUUCCGAGCCACGGCUUUUCAGCGGGAGGAGCUGAUCAAGAUGAAGGUGAAGGAUCUGCGAGAUUACUUGGCACUCCACGAGAUUUCCACAGAGUUCUGUCGGGAAAAGGAGGACCUGGUAUUCCUGAUCCUUGGCCAGCAGCCUGCAAUUACCCAGGAAGAUCAGAUAAGAACAAACGCAUUUAAUACCAAUGCCCGUGGACAGCAAGACUUUGUGAGUCACCCCCCAACCAACCUGGCCUCUCCUACCUCACACGAUGAGUCCUCAGUGUCUGCAGAUCCCAUCUCAAGCUCAGAAGCUCAGGAACACCAACAGGCCAAUGGUCAUGUGCCUCCAAGCCCAGCCUAUGGAACAGCAGCUGAGAAUGCAGCAGAAGAAGCAGCAGCAGAGGACGAGACACAGUCUAGUGACUCUGAGGAUAACCUGGUGCUGGGCAGGAAGGCCUCCCUGUCUGACCUGACGAGCAUCGGGGACAUCAACGCGCUCUCGGUGCGACAGCUCAAGGAAAUCCUCGCCCGCAACUUCGUCAACUACAAAGGCUGCUGUGAGAAGUGGGAGCUGCUGGAGAGGGUCACUCGCCUCUACAGAGAGAAGGAUCUUCAACAUCUAGCUUUUCAGAGUCUCACCAAAUCCCUCUCUUCUUCUGUUGCAGUUUUGGACACUGACGAUCAAACUGGUGCCGCUGGGCCCCCCAGCACCGAGGACAACCUGUGCAGGAUCUGCAUGGAUGCUCCCACCGACUGCGUGCUGCUGGAGUGCGGGCACAUGGUGACGUGCACCAAGUGCGGGAAGCGCAUGAGCGAGUGCCCCAUCUGCCGCCAGUACGUGAUCAGGGCCGUGCACGUCUUCAGGACCUAGAGGUGCUCUGGGCUCGGGGCUGCUGUGCCUUAAAGCCUCGGUGCUCUUAGGGAAAGGGCCAACAUCCCUGCCAGCAGUCACCUUGGAGGAUAGCACGGACCCUGCUGCGAGGGAGGGAAGGAGAAGCCUGGGGAAAGCUGCUCUGCUCAAGCCAUGCCCGACCCUGCUCGUCCCACAUCGUGCUUUACACCGCAGUGCCUGGACUCCUUGGAGCUCGUUGCCAGCAAUCAUUAAUCACCUCCAUCCCAGGAUCAUUUGAGGACAGAUGGAUGCCCAGCUUUCCGCCAGGACGAUCAGCUCCAGAGGCUUUGUGUAUUUUCCUCUGAAUAAUAAAAAUGAACUGGGGUCUCAAAAAGUGUCCUUUGUUUUGCUGCUCAGGCUACGCCCAGCAACAGCUUGAUUUUUGAAGAUGAAAAUGUCACCGUGCUUGUUAAUUUUACUUUUAUUUUUAAUUUAAUGUAAAAUUGUUAUGCUUGCAGGACAGGCGGACUGCACCUGCUUUCCCUAAUUCCAGCCUAGUGCAAUCGUGGAAAAAUGUGUAAGUUUGUAUCAAGGUUGUCUUUGUAUUAUUGACAAGUGUCAGGGAGGGAGGCUGGGAAGGCACAGCCUUGCCCUCAGUGCUGGGUUUUUGUUUCUGUGCCACAGGGAGGUUUCUGUUGUGAUUUUGUCAACUUUCCCUUCACAGUUCAUGCCGAGGUGGGGCUCAAACUGAACUGCCCUCACGUGCUGAGGGAGUUACCAACCCAAGGCUUGAGUGUUCCCCAGGGUUUAGUGAGGAGGCCACAGAGCUGCAGAGUAGCGAGGACUCCUCUGCUACACAAUCGUAUUUAAGUACGUGUGAUUUUUUUUUUUUUUUUUUUUUUUGAGAAGGGAAUCAUGGAAGAAAGCCUUUAUCUCCCUUAGAUCCGUGAGGGUUCUCCGCUGCAGAUCAGCUUUCCCCCAUCCUCCCCAGGGCUGUUUUACAGUUCUGUUACCUUCCACUGCUCAUCAAAAGCAAUUUUGUCCUCUCUGCUGGUGAGGGUGGGGAGAGAGGCUGUGGCUGACCCCUGGCAGCUCUCCUGGGCAGUGUGUUCAGCUGGAAGGGACUUGCUGGAGAGCUCUGGCAGUUCCUGCUGGAGGUGAUUGGAACUGCUGUAUUUUCCCCUCAAGCAUCCAGGUCAGCCACACUUCAGCCUCCUGCUGCCCCAAGUGUCCAUCACUGUGGACUUGUGCCUCAUUCCAGGGCAGCUGUGAGGCCGAGACCCCCCCUGCAGCUUUGCUGGCUGCUCUGGGGAGAGGGGGUGGCUCUGUGCUCCAGCCUGGCUGCCAGCAGAGAACAGCACAAAGCCCCUCACAGCUCCUGGGGCACUGGGCUGCAGCUGCAGGGACAGCACCAAAGCUCCUGUGCAGGGGCAGUGAUGUCAACAGGACGCUCAGCCUCUGGGUUCUGAACAGGGACACAUCCAGGAGCAGUAGCUCAGCUGCACGGAGUGCAGGGUCUGGGCUCUGGGAGCUGCAGCCAAAACAGCACCCGAGAUGAGAAAUCCAUGGCUCAGGUGGCAGCAGGAGAGAGCCAUGGAUUUCUCACUGAGGUGGUCUCACAACUCCACAAAACUGCAGCUGCUACAGUUCACUGAACUCAGCAUUCUGAGUUCUACCUCUGGCCCAGGUCAGGCUCUCCUCUAAUCUUUAAGGUUUAACAGAUCUGGGAUGAGAACAAACUGAACAAGUCAGUGCAUCGGGACAGAAAAAAAGGGCAGGUAAGAAGUGACUCUGUUUGCUCUGGAGAGGGCACAGGGACCUCAAAGAGCUGCAGGGAUACACAACAUUCAGAACAGCCUCAUGGAGGAAAUUCACUGUGAAAAUUCACAUUGUCAUAUUUUUCAGUAACUCAGGGCUGGGGGAAUUUAGCAGGAAGACGAUUCCCCUAUGGAUAGAUGUAUUUUUCCUUGUAGAGAGGGUAGGCUUAUUUUCUACAGCCGUUAAACCAAGCUGCAGCUCAAUGCCUGAAAUUUUAGGGAUGAGAUCUACCCCCUCUCUGACUCCAGAAUGUGCUUUGUGAAGGGAGGACUCUUCUUGUUUCCCUUGUAAAAAUGGAUUCUCUACUUAUGGAUACGAGUGAGUUUUUUUUAAAGGAAAAUCAAAACCUGGAGAAAACUGACUAAUGAUCCAAAGGAAUAUAAUGUUCUGAACUAAUAAAGUAAAUGGAAAUAUUUAUGUGGUUUAUGUACACUGUACAUUGUUUAAAGUUUUAAAAGUUAAUAUUCUACUUGAAAGGUCAUGUUAUUCACUAUUAAAUCCUCUGGUACUACGACAGUUAAACUUACUAGUUUUGGUACAGAAGUUUGGUUUAUAAUUUUAUAAU